CAGAAAAAUGUCGUCUGCACACAUCCGGUAACAAAUAUGGCGAACAGUGUGAGAAGUUUUCAGAUUUGUAGAGGUUGCUGUUCAAUUUUUCGUAAACGGCUGGUAUUCAAUUCGUGUCAGCAUUAUGUUACAGUACCAAACAGGGUACCCUUUAUUUCACAAGCACCCAAAGUAUCUGCCACAAAUGUAAGAUGUUGUCACAAUGGGGGUGUCAAGCAAAAACCUUGGAGACCUGUUGCUCAAACCACUAUUGAUGAAGAGGAGAUGGAGAAAUUCCAGAUGCUCUCCAGCCUCUGGUGGAAUGAGUUGGGUGAAUUUCAGGCUCUACAUACAAUGAACGAGUUGCGGGUGCCUAUGAUCAGAGACGCCCUCGCAGAAGAAACAUUUACAUCCACAGCAUUACCGCUGGAGGGCAUGCAGAUACUUGAUGCUGGAUGUGGUGGGGGCCUGCUGACAGAGCCACUGGCCAGACUUGGUGCUCAAGUGAUAGGAGUGGACAUGGUGAAAGACAAUAUCAAGACAGCCCAGGCACACCUGGUGGAUGAUCCAGCCAUCAGGGGGCGUGUCAAGUACAUACAGGCCACGGUGGAGGAUCUUGUCGGGUCAGAGGAGGCUAAGUUUGAUGCUGUUGUAGCUUCAGAAGUUGUGGAGCAUGUUGGAGAUCUUCAAUCAUUUUUGUCUUCCUGUUGUUUACUUUUAAAGCCUGGUGGAUCUCUCUUUAUCACCACAAUCAACAAGACGCAGCUGUCACGAGGAUUGGCUGUGUAUGCCGCGGAGAAGCUCCUGCGUUUGGUGCCAGAGGGAACACAUGACUGGGAGAAGUUUGUACCCCCCGAUGAUCUACAAUACCUACUAGAAAAUAAUGGCUUGACCACACGGCUGAUCCACGGACUACUGUACAACCCUCUCACGUGUAGGUGGAGCUGGGUAAAGGACACUAGUAUGAACUAUGCGUUACAUGCUGUAAAGGGAGAUAACUCGCUCGAUGAUGCUGAUUUCAGCCAAACAGUCGAGAAGGAAAGUUUUGACGAGAACGAUUUACAGGAUGGAUCGAAAGAUGACACAAAGCUUUAAGUCAAGUAUUACUUAGUUUCAAGCUGACUUGAAUUCGGAUUGAACAAAAUUAUGUUUACAAAUAUUUAAAGGAGAAACUUCGAGCUAGAGACAUCUUGUAGUUGGUAGAUGUGGCUAUAAAUUAGUACCUCAGAAAGUAAUCAUUUAAUUAAGAUUUUUUCUGAAUGUGUUGGAUAGGUACAAAUUUCAUUUGAACAGUUCAUAAUGAUAAUUUCUUUAUUAUAAAUGAUGUUUACUUUUAAUACUUUGAAGUAUCAUCCGAAAGCUUUCGGAGGAAGUGAUAUAAAAGUUUAUCCCUAUUUCACUGACUACUCUCAUUGCCUUAAAAAUCACCUUCAUUUCAACGGGUUGAAUACCAUUUCCUCAGUGAGAAUGAUUUGGAUUAAAAUCUAUUUAACUUUUUAAAGAAGCUUUUGGCAUGGACAAGUGAAUGAAAAAAUAAUUCUUCAAUGUUAAAGAGCACUACAAGUUUGAAUAUGAUAGUGAAAAAAGCACCAGUUGUAAAAAUGUUGUACAUGUAUAAUGGCCGUGCUUUGAACUGUCGAUUGCCUUAGAUUUCAUACCUAGCAGUUAGGAAAUCUGUGUUGUAAAUACUGUCAGCUUUUAUGGACAUAAUAUACUCCUUGGCUGAUUGUAAACACCUGCAUGCUCACAAUCAGCUACCAUCUUAGCUAGCCGUUUGGCUGUUUUACCCGGUCUCAACUGAAAUUGAUUCUGAAGUACGGUAAAUGUCAACAAAGAACUGACCUGUGUUUGAUUUUACUCCUUGUUUCUCUUUUCUUAUGCAUAUCUAUUUGUAGGAUAUAAUUAAAAUCAAUAAAUUUUAUUGUAAAACCUAUUGUAAAA